AGGGGCUGGGAAAGAUAUUUUCAUUCGGUUUUUCACUUUAUCUUUAUUAAGUCUGUUUUUCUGGCCCCAGUAAUAAUAAAAUGUAUGGAAAAGAACCUCGAUACAACGAAAUCUCGCUAUAGCGAACAUAUUUUUCCAGUCCCUUAGCGCUUCGUUAUAUCGAGGUUCCGCUGUAUAUCCCAAAAGAAACGUAGAACCUUUUUUUCGCCCGGGAAAAAGUCAGACGGAGGGAAACUGAACCGAGCUAUACCAGAACUCCGUUCGGUCCUAUAUUUCCAAGUGGCGGGAAAGUUGUGCGAAUGAGCGCGGUAAGAGAACUUCGAAAUUCAAGGAAAACAUUGCUCAAUUUCACCCGUUAGGACCUUUAAAGAGCCAAAAUGUCGACCGAUCGAAAACCUAUGCGAUUUGCUCACAGUGAGGGACAUACAGAUGUCUGUUACGACGAAAAGGGCGACUAUCUCUUGACUUGUGGAUCAGAUGGAGAUGUGCGUAUUUAUAAAGAUUUUGACGACAGUGAUCCAGAAUCUGUUAGAGUUGGGGAUAAUGUCACAGUUCUAGCAGUUAAGAAUAAGAAAAUAGUGACGGCAUGUGACAAUUCUGUCCAGGCAUUUACCUUCCCAGAGGGAUCUCCUGAUGGAAUUCUUACCAGAUUUACUGCACCUGUCAAUCACAUCUACUUUAACCAAUCAGGAACAGUUAUGGUAGCAGGAGCGAGGUAUGCUUGUGGAGUUUGAAGCUAAAAACAACUUGGUCAGUCGAUAGUUUAAGUUUACAAAUUAAUAUUUGAACUUAGUACAGAGUAUAUAUAUGUGUGUUGUACACUAUAUCGCAUUGUGUAGUUCUAGAAAAUAUCCAUACCCCCACCACAGAGGGAAUUUCACACAAACCCCUCCCUCCUCCCCAGAAUUUCCAUUCUUUGAACACAAAAAUAACCCCUCACCCCUCUGGAAUUUCCACGAGUAUUAUGCAUGCCCCCCAUACCCUCUGGAAAAAACUGU